AUGGCUACAUCUUCUCUUCUACACUUACCCGAACUCCAUUUUCUUUCUCCACAAAUCCUUCACCGUAACCGUUUCUCUCUUUCUAAAUACUCCAUUUCCCGCCUUUCUACCUCCAUUGCCGCUCUUCGCACCACGCGAAUCCGUGCCUCGAAAGAAGAAUCCGCGUUAGCCGAUCGUGUUAACGACGUGGAGUGGAGCGGCAACGGAGCUGCCUCCCGCGGAUAUGUUAACGGUGCCGUCGACAGAAGCUCAGUGGAGUACGGAUAUGGAAACGGUGUAGCUUCUACGGAGGUGAUGGACGUUGAAGCGUCCAAGGUUAAUGAGGAUGGGAGGAAGAGAAGGUUGGAGGAGAUUGGAAAAGAAGACGCGUGGUUUAAACAAACUGAGAAAGUAAAAGUCGAGGUAGCCGUUGCUCCUGGAGGUCGUUGGAGCAGAUUCAAGACUUACUCUACAAUCCAGAGAACCUUAGAAAUCUGGGGAUUUGUUGUGACGUUCAUCUUUAAGGCAUGGCUGGACAAUCAGAAGUUUUCUUACAAAGGAGGAAUGACCGAGGGAAAAAAGAAGUUAAGGCGGAAGACCCUUGCCAAGUGGCUUAAGGAAAGCAUUUUGAGAUUAGGCCCUACCUUCAUUAAAAUUGGUCAGCAGUUCUCCACUAGGGUGGAUAUUCUUCCUCAAGAAUAUGUUGACCAGUUGUCCGAACUUCAGGAUCAAGUGCCUCCGUUUCCCUCUGAGACUGCUAUAGCUAUUGUUGAAGAGGAGCUCGGAGCUUCUGUAGGUGAUAUCUUUGAUCAGUUUGACUAUGAACCAAUAGCUGCUGCAAGUCUUGGUCAGGUUCAUCGGGCAAGAUUGAAGGGACAAGAGGUUGUUGUUAAAGUGCAAAGGCCUGGUCUCAAGGAUCUUUUUGAUAUUGAUCUAAAAAACCUGAGGGUUAUUGCUGAAUAUCUUCAAAAAAUUGAUCCAAAGUCGGAUGGUGCAAAGAGGGAUUGGGUUGCUAUUUAUGAUGAAUGUGCCUCUGUCUUAUAUCAGGAGAUUGAUUACACUAAGGAGGCUGCUAAUGCUGAAUUGUUUGCAAGUAACUUUAAGAACAUGAGUUAUGUGAAAGUUCCUACAAUCUACUGGGAUUAUACCACACCACAGAUUCUGACAAUGGAAUAUGUUCCAGGAAUUAAAAUAAACAAAAUACAAGCUUUAGAUCAACUUGGUGUUGAUCGCACAAGGCUAGGGAGAUAUGCAGUUGAGGCGUUCCUGGAACAAAUUUUAUCGCAUGGUUUCUUCCAUGCUGAUCCUCAUCCUGGAAAUAUUGCAGUUGAUGAUGUCAAUGGUGGAAGGUUGAUCUACUAUGAUUUUGGAAUGAUGGGAAGUAUUAGUCCAAACAUCCGAGAAGGCUUGCUUGAAACAUUUUAUGGAGUCUAUGAGAAGGAUCCAGAUAAGGUUCUUCAAUCAAUGGUUCAAAUGGGUAUUCUUGUCCCUACUGGAGAUAUGACUGCUGUUAGGCGAACAGCACAGUUCUUUCUAAACAGCUUUGAGGAGCGCCUGGCUGCACAAAGGAGAGAGAAAGAGGAAGCAACUGGUGAACUUGGAUUCAAAAAACCAUUAAGCAAGGAGGAAAAAAUAUUGAAGAAGAAACAACGUUUAGCUGCUAUUGGUGAGGAUUUAUUAUCCAUUUCAGCCGAUCAACCCUUUCGAUUUCCUGCUACAUUUACAUUUGUUGUUAGAGCAUUCUCAGUGUUGGAUGGCAUUGGAAAGGGCCUUGACCCACGUUUUGACAUUACUGAGAUUGCCAAACCUUAUGCUUUGGAGUUGUUAAGGUUUCGUGAGGCAGGGGUUGAAGUUGUCUUAAAGGACUUCAGUAAUAGAUGGGAUAGACAAUCUCAAGCAUUUUACAACUUAUUUAGGCAGGCUGACAGGGUUGACAAGCUUGCUACAGUUAUCCAAAGACUGGAGCAAGGAGAUCUAAAGCUCCGAGUUCGAACUUUAGAGUCUGAAAGGGCAUUCCAGCGUGUUGCUACAGUCCAGAAGACUAUAGGGAAUGCAGUAGGUGCUGGAAGCUUAAUAAAUCUUGCAACAAUUUUGUACCUUAAUUCAAUUCGUAUGCCUGCAAUUGUAGCAUAUGUCUUCUGUGCAUUCUUUGGUUUCCAAGUGCUCUUGGGCAUUGUAAAGGUCAAGAAGCUAGAUGAAAUGGAACGGUUGAUAACAGGAACAGCAUAA